GUCGUAACAUCAUUAACGCUACUCGAAAUGCUCAGAUAAACGAACAUUUUAUUAAGACAGUCGUGUGCGAUGAGACCUCUGUUAUCGUCUGCAACCGAGAUCAAUUCGUACGCAAGUGCACUCAUAUCGCGCUUCAUUUUACAACUUAACUCUGGUUUUUGGAAACAGAAAGUCACGGAUUAAGUAGUCGCUAUCGGACGCCGGCGCAUGCCAAGUGUAGUGUUGUGCGCGGAUCAAAAACACUUUUACUUACUCUCACUCAAUCAUGAGCAGUUCAGUUAACAUUUGCGGCUCCGUGGACUUUACCAAAUCGAACAUACGGCUCACGGAUGACCUUGAACGGGAUACGUGGAGGAAACAAUUGAACAGCAAAAUAAAAAAUGUGAAAAAUAUCCUCAGAGAGACGACCGUGGAGCCGUGUCUGUUCACCUACAUGUUGUGUACUGCGUUAUCGUCGAUGGCCGUGCAGAAUAUGCAUUUAGAAAAAUCUUGUAGGGUUAACUUUAACUAUUCGACAGAUAUAUGUGAUCGAAUACGUGAUAGGAACACUACUGGCUUAGAGAAUGAACUGAACAAUGUACAAUCUUUAGUCGCCAAGGUCGUAGCUUGGAAGUUCCCUUUACAAACCGCCAUCCCGGCUGUCAUGAUAUUAUUCAUCGGCGCAUGGAGCGAUAAAACGAAGAAACGGAAAAUAUGUAUACUAUUCCCGUUUACGGGGGAGAUUAUCGCAAACAUAGGGUUGUUAUUAGCGACAUAUUAUUUCCACGAAUUAUCAUUGACAGCGACGGCGCUAAUAGAAGCGCUUCCCGCUGCCUUCACCGGCAGUUACAUUGUAAUAUUCAUGGGAAUGUACAGUUUUAUGGCUGAUAGAACGAGCGUGAAAGACAGAACAUUUCGAUUAGGUGUGGUGACAAUUUGUGUGAGCUUUGGCACUCCUGCUGGGACCGCUAUAAGUGGUAUUGCAUUACGUGCGCUGGGGUACUAUGGCGUAUUUUCCCUCCUUCUAGUGUUGCACACUUGUUCAUUCCUUUAUGGCUUGUUUAAAUUAGAAGAUGUGUUGCCUAAAGAAGAACGGACGUCAAUUGAGAAUAAGUUUGGUACGAAGAUGUUUGAAGUGUUCGGGUUGGUUGCAAAUACUGUGAUGGUGAUAUUAAAACCUCGAUUAUUUGGAUUACGGAAACAAAUAUUUUGUGUGAUCAUAUUGUAUCUAUUGAUGGUCGGACCAUUGUAUGGGGAUUCUCAAGUGGGAUAUUUGUACGCGAUUCGAAAAUUCAACUUUAAUGAAGUCGAGUACAGUGUUUACGGGACCAUUAACAUUAUGUUGGGUUUGAUUGGUACAUUUUUCUGCAUAUCAGUGCUUAGCAAAAAAUUUGAAGUGCAAGACAGUGUCAUCGGAGGUUUAGCUGGUGUGAGCAGGAUAGCAUCAUGUUUCGUAUUUGCGUUUGCACCUACAAGAAAUUGGUACUACGCAGCGCCACUGUUCAACAUUUUCAGUAGCACUGGACUCACCGCUGUCAGGUCCAUCGCUACAAAGAUCGUAUCCAAUGAAGAAGUAGCCAAGCUGAGUUCAAUAAUAGGUGUGAUGGAGGCGCUUGCGCCAUCAAUAUACAUGCCAGCAUCCAGUUAUAUAUACAUCAGUACAAUAGAUUGGUUUCCCGGUGCAUUUUACUUGUUUGAUGCAGCUCUUACAGUAUUGGCUUUGGGAUUGUUCACAGUUAUCUACGUACUGGUAAAGAAGAGAAAUGAGACGAUAGUCACGGACCCACAAAGAAAAGAAGAAUAUGCGAGAACGAAUGAUAUUGCGAAUUUUUCAUAGAAAUACAAUUUUAAAGGCUGUUGAUCUGUGCAAUAAGAAAUUAACAAAUAGUAUAAAAGUUAUUUGGUUUUUAGUAGUGUGUUUAUAAUAAAUAUAUGUUGUGUUAUCA